AUGGUUCGAAGGUUUCACACAGUAGGAAAGACACUACGUCGUGCUUUACCUCAUGCAAAUAAUGCCAAAACGGCGACGCCUCCUCCAUCAUCGUUAGGAAAACACAUAUAUGAACGAGCAGGACAAGUAGAGCCAGGUUUAGAAAUUAAGUCUCUAUCAGAGAUAGAAGCUGGACUCAAGGAGCGUUACUACAAUAACUAUUUGGUUCCAUCGAGGGAUUGGUGCAAACAUAAUGAAAUCAAUUGGUCGGGCAUGAAAGAUUGUUUGAACAUGGAUCUUCGUUCACUUUCUAUCAAGCACCAGAAAAACCUGCAAUGGUACAUAGACGAUAAUCUCUUCGAUCCAAAAAAACGCCAGUUUCUUAUCUUUCCUGAACAACUUCUACAGAAGCCCCUAAGUGUCGGAGAUGUGGUGCUACUCCGAUCAAACCCAUCACAAUUGUGCAUGUGCGUCGAGGUGCCAACUGACGUGCUAAACCCAAGUUACGCUUUCGCAACUACCGAUGGCCAUAUUAAGUUUGGGAUGCGCAACAUGGUUCUUUUGAGAAUGCCAUCAUUUCACCAUAAAUCUGUCGACUACCUCAUUCGUCCGGAGAAUCCAUAUCAGGAAACGCGAGUAGGCACGGUAAAGGACGAUCCGCAAAAAACGUACAUCUUGCCGGUUCUAGCACGCUUAUUAUACACAUCAUAUGUUCCUUUUGAGAUCACAAAGGAGGCAUGGAGACGGAUGUCAAGCGUUACUAAAAAACUGGAACUUCUGCAUAGAUUUCUGCAACGCAGCUCCGGGCCAUGGCAGGUGUCAAUGUUCAAAUUGUGCGAGUUAGUGACGCUUAUAGAUCUGGACAAAAGCCGCUCAUCGCCUACUAAUGAGUAUGUCGAAGAACUACUCGCCAAAGCAGAUGUCAUACCGUAUAAUAAUCUCACACCACAGAAAGCCACGACGCCAGAAAAAAAGAGCUUUGUUGAUGCUGCUACAUUUCUUGCAACAUACUGGGCCGUGGUUCAGCAACAGGAGCAUAAUUUAUGGGGUGAAAUUCAUCUCCAUAGAGCGAUGCUGACACCUAUAUGUGUUACUGUAUUGCCCUUAAGAACGCACCACCUCUAUUACGAUUCCGUCCUCAAAGAACUAAAAAAAAACAACUACUCAGAGCUCUCGAGAUUUGCUUACCACGUCAAUUCCAAUGAUGUAAAAACGGCUAAAGACGAGUUUCCCAAAAUUGUCCGAUUGCUGCAAGAUUAUGCUGCUGGAAAUUUCCCCAAUAACGGCGCUAUUGUUGCCAUGGUCUCGAGGCUUUUCCGAAAAAUUGAAGAUUACAAGAGCAGGGAUAUUACUAGAGACUUGUGCCAUUCUCUACUGCAAAAACUGGAGCCAGGAUCGGUUGUCAAUCCGUUAUUACUCAACGAUAAUAUCACAGCUCCAAUCAAUUCUGGAAAACGCUCUCUCGAUCAAAAAACUUUCGAUUUGGUAGCCCCAAUAAAGCAUCGAAACGUAUCUCAGAGGCAUAAUUUUGGGGAUAUGAAUGUUUAUUGUAUUGACUCAGAAGACGCUCAUGAAAUUGAUGACGGUAUAUCGGUCGAAGUCAAAAGCUCCACCAAGUUUGGACUUCAUAUUCAUAUUGCUGAUCCUACCCCAUUGUUUGCCGAUAGUAUACAAAAAUGCCCAGAGAACGAAAUCUGGAAGGUUGCAUUUGAACGAAGCUUUACCAGCUAUCUUCCUGACUGUGUGACCCCAAUGCUGCCGAAAGCAUUCAGUAAAGCAGGGGAUCUUGGUCGCGACGGAUUUUCAUCUAAAACCCUGUCCUUUUCGGUGGAUGUUGAGUAUCGAGGAGAUCGAUUAGAUAUUCUAAACGAUACUUUUCAAAUUCGAAAGGGUGUGGUUUCUAAAUUUCCAAAAGUAACGUACAGGAGCGUAGAUCAAUUGUUGAUGGCAAAAGGGAACACAACUGAAGAAAAGCGAGAGCUAUCUCAAAUCCUCAAAAUUGCGACGAUGUUGCGGAAAAAAAGAGUAGAAGAAGAGGACGCGAUCAUUUUUGGUGAGGGUUUCAAUAAGGGCCUGGUCAAGAUCGAAGCGGAUGGAAAAGAGAAUAAUCAACCCCGUAUUUUUUUUGUGGAUCAAGUAGAAAGUGCUUCUACGCUGAUGGUGUCCGAAAUGAUGAUUUUAGCAAACACGCUUUCCGGGAAGUACUUUUGUGACAAAAAUCUUCCGGGUGUCUUUCGCUGCUAUCAGGAGCUGAUCUUGAAGGAUAAGGCUUUGCAAGAUUAUGACUCGUUGCGAACCAUGACACAAUCCCAAAAACUACCCUCUGUGACAGACAUAGCGAAACUGUCAUCAUUUCUGAACUCCAGUUACUACACCGGUAAGGCAGCAAGACACCAAAUGAUCGGCGCACCUGCCUACUUGACGGUGACGUCGCCUUUGAGGAGGUUCCCAGAUCUGGUUAACCAUCUUCAACUCCAUGCACAUUUGAACGGGGAACAACUACGAUUCACACAAAGCGAUAUCGACCGAAUGAUAUGGCACAUUCAAGAACGCGAUGUUGUACUGAAAAAAACUGCCCAACAGUGCGCUGCUUUCUGGACUCUCAAAUAUCUGAAGUCGAAGCAAAACGAAGAUCCAGCCUUCAGUAUAUCUGUUAUGGUGACAUCUGUUCCACAAAUGGGAUAUGUGCGAUGCAUGGUACCCGAUCUCAGCGCUGCUCGAGGAAGUUUAAAACUGCGCCCAGAUGUUUUUUCCAAAUGGGCCAUCGGCGAAACGGUGACCAAUUGCAAAAUCAAAAGCAUAGACUGUCUACAAGGCACAAUGGAACUAGAAAUGCGGUGA